UAUUAGUUUAAUAAUUUUAUAUUAAACUCCCUAUAUACUUACAAUAUGAAUUAGAUAAUUCAGAGUCAACAUUCCAUUGGAAAAAACUAAACAAUUUGUUAUAAAACAUCCUUAAAAGCAUCAGAAAGUUAAUACAGCAAUGAAGAAUUACAGGACCAAAUUAAGAAUCGUAUGGAAGCCUGUUUGUGAGGCUUAUGUUUGGGUUAUCUCUUUACUUAGAGUGACUAUAAAUCUCCAAAGAGAACUAAAGGGAGAAAUAACCAUAUCUACUAACAUGGUAAGGGUAUUUAAACAUCUCUUAGUUAUUGAGAAAAUUGAAAGAAAAAAGAGAAAGGGAGAAACAGAGCAAAAGGGAUAAUGAAGGAGAGAAAGGAGAAAGGAAGAGGAAGAAAAGUAAAAAGGAGGAGGGAGAGGGAGGAAGAAAGAAAGGUGAAAAGAAGGAAUGGUAAAGUUUUUAACAUAAUUUAUCCUUCUAGAAUAUGAAUGUUGGUCUAUUUGAUGAUGUCCCACAGAUUCCUUAGUCUCUGCUCAUUUUUUAUUUGUUAUUCUUUCUGUUUCUCAGAGUCAAUAUUUUCCAUUUCCUUAUCUUCAAGCUCAUGACUUCUUCUGUGUGUGCAAAUAUACUCUUAAAUCCCUCUGGUGAUUUUUAAAUUUUUAUCAUCGUAGUUUUCAACUCCAGAAUUUCUGUUAUCUCUUUGUUGAUAUUCCUACUUUUUAAUAUUUUUCUGAUUCCUUUAUUUCGUUGUUUAUGCUUUCCCGUUCGCCGCCGGGGUGGCUCGUCCACUCCGUGCUGGGACGGGGCCUGGGGAGCGUGGGUGGGGAAGCGAUGAGCCGGCGGUGCGGAGUCGGGUCCGUGGCUCGCCGGCCCCUGUCCCAGGGUUCCGCCCCUCGUGCGUCUUUCCUCCGCACGGGUCGACCAGCAGACCGCGGGUGGCAAGGCCCGGGACAUUCCCCCACACGGCCCACCUCCACUCUGGACGAUCGGGCCUUGGAGGGGGGGUCGACCAGCUGCGGCUCGCCGAGUGAGUCCCAGGUCGACCGGCGGAGCCUGUCGACCGAGCGCUGUGCGAGGAUGCCCGUCGGCACGAGCCGGAUCCGGAGCGUCCACGUCUCGGUCGGCACUUCCGGGGUCGACCAGCUGCCGCCCGCGAGCUCUGGCCUUAGCUGGCGGCUCGCCGUGUUUCAGGUGGACCGUCAGGCGGCCUGCGACGGUCCCGCCGGUCGCUGCGGCGCACGGAUGCGAGGGCGCCUAUCCCCAUUCACCCGCGCGUGGCCUUCACCGGCCUCGGGCCUUCGGUGUAGCUGGGACCACGCGGAACUCCCUCUCCUACAUUUUUCAGCCCCACUUUGAGUUUGCUUCCACAGAGGGAGUCACUGUUGCAGUCGGUCAGCGUUGCAGUCGCCUCCCAAGUAGCUCGGACUACGGGGAUCUCUUAAGCCCGGGAGGCAGAGGCUAACGUGAGCUGUGAUCGUGCACCUCCACUCCAGCUUAAGUGAGGUGGAGUGAGGUGGAGUGAGGUGGAGUGAGGUGGGGUGAGGUGGGGU